AUGGGAGAUCUCGCAAACCGCAAAGUGUUCAAGGUGUUCAACCAAGAGUUCAUCGUCGACGAGCGCUACAAUGUAACCAAGGAGCUAGGUCAGGGUGCCUACGGCAUCGUCUGCGCGGCUACCAACAACCAAACGGGCGAGGGCGUGGCCAUCAAAAAGGUCACCAAUGUGUUCAGCAAGAAGAUCCUCGCAAAGCGUGCGCUACGCGAGAUCAAGCUGCUGCAACAUUUCAGAGGCAAAUGCAUUUCUCCACAUGCCUUGGACACGAAACUGAAUACCCCCGCGCAGAUAACAUGUCUCUACGAUAUGGACAUACCCCGCCCAGAUAAUUUCAACGAGUGCUACCUCUACGAGGAGCUCAUGGAAUGUGAUCUGGCGGCUAUCAUCCGCUCCGGUCAGCCACUGACUGAUGCCCAUUUCCAGUCCUUUAUCUACCAGAUCCUGUGCGGUCUGAAGUACAUUCACUCGGCAAACGUCCUCCAUCGUGACCUGAAACCGGGUAACCUCCUCGUCAACGCCGACUGCGAGCUCAAGAUCUGCGAUUUCGGACUGGCCAGAGGUUUCUCCAUGGACCCUGAGGAAAACGCGGGGUACAUGACCGAGUAUGUUGCUACCCGGUGGUACAGAGCUCCUGAGAUCAUGUUGAGCUUCCAGAGCUACACGAAAGCCAUCGACGUAUGGUCUGUUGGUUGUAUUCUCGCUGAACUGCUGGGCGGCAAACCCUUUUUCAAGGGCCGGGAUUACGUCGACCAAUUGAAUCAAAUCCUGCAUUAUCUCGGAACACCCAACGAAGAGACGCUGUCGCGCAUCGGCUCCCCUCGUGCUCAGGACUACGUUCGUAACCUACCGUAUAUGCAGAAGAUCUCGUUCCAAUCCCUCUUCCGAAACGCCAACCCAGACGCUCUCGACCUCUUGGACCGCAUGCUCGCAUUCGAUCCUUCAAGCCGUAUCUCCGUCGAGGAGGCUUUGGAGCAUAGGUAUCUGCACAUCUGGCAUGACGCCUCGGAUGAGCCAUCCUGCCCCACGACAUUUGACUUCCAGUUCGAAGUCGUCGAAGAAAUCAACGAUAUGAAGAAGAUGAUCCUGGCCGAAGUCAACCGCUUCCGCCAAAUGGUCCGCGUACAACCCGGCGCUGGCGCUGGGCCCGCCCAGGCACCACAGGUCCCGAUACCCAACAACUACGACCGCGCAGGGUAUGAGGAUCCACGACCCCAGGAGGCGUUCAACCAGGGUGGCUGGCAAGGAAGCGACCUAGAGCGCGAUCUUCAGGGCCUUGAUGGGAGCCCAACUCAUCCAUACAUUUCGAAGACGAUACACACCAUGACGGCCGCCGAUAUCGAGACCAAUAAGCGCAAGCGCAAGCACAAGAGCAAGAAGGGCGAGGAGGCGACCGCACCCACGGCCCAUACUAAUGGCGCCGCGACUGCUGAGAAGUCCCGCAAGAAGUCGAAGAAGGCGCACACCCCAGAACCUGAAGUAGAGGACCUUGUGGCAGAAGCCUCUGCUGAUGGCGCAGAGAGCGAAGUCGAAGAGGACGAGGAACAGCUGAACCGUGAGCUCAACGAAGAUGAAGAGUCGGAAGAAGAGCAAGCCAGCGGGGCCAACGGUGAAGCGCUGGGCACAUCAGACCUGAUUUCGGGCACGUCGAUGCCUACCAUGGAGAACCCCACGCUGUUCUCCGACUUGAAGCUUUCCGACCGCACAAUGGAGGCUAUCAAGACGAUGGGCUUUGACACCAUGACUGAGAUUCAGCAAAAGACGAUACCCAUACUAUUAAGUGGAAAAGAUGUACUUGGAGCAGCCAAAACCGGAAGCGGAAAGACGCUCGCUUUUCUCAUCCCCGCCAUCGAGAUGCUCUCCGCGAUGCGAUUCAAGCCGCGCAACGGCACCGGUGUCAUCGUCGUGUCUCCCACUCGCGAACUGGCCCUUCAAAUCUUCGGAGUCGCGAGAGAACUUAUGGAGAAGCAUUCUCAGACGUUUGGUAUCGUCAUCGGAGGCGCGAACAGAAGGGCCGAGGCGGAGAAGCUUGCGAAAGGUGUGAACCUACUUAUUGCGACACCCGGACGGCUGUUAGAUCAUUUGCACAAUACCCAGGGCUUUGUUUUCAAGAACUUGAAGAGUCUAAUCAUUGAUGAGGCGGACCGUAUCUUGGAAGUUGGGUUCGAGGAUGAGAUGAAGAGCAUCAUCAAGAUUCUCCCUUCGGAUAGGCAGACGAUGCUGUUCUCGGCCACACAGACUACCAAGGUCGAAGACCUGGCGCGCAUUUCGCUGAAGGCUGGGCCUACAUACGUUAAUGUAGAUUACCGAAAAGAGCACUCGACUGUUGCCGGAUUGGAGCAGGGGUACGUCAUCUGCGACUCAGAUAAACGCUUCAGGCUGCUCUUCAGCUUUCUCAAGAAGCACCAGAAGAAGAAGGUCAUAGUGUUUCUAUCGAGCUGCGCGUCGGUCAAGUUCUACGCUGAGCUCCUCAACUUUGUGGACUUGUCUGUCUUGGAGCUACACGGGAAAAUGAAGCAGCAAUUACGGACAAACCGCUUCUUUGAGUUCUGCAACGCCUCAAGCGGGGUCCUGAUCUGUACCGAUGUUGCAGCACGAGGCCUGGACAUCCCAGCUGUUGAUUGGGUGUUGCAAUAUGAUCCUCCAGAUGAUCCUCGAGACUAUAUCCACCGUGUGGGACGUACGGCAAGAGGCUCAGAUGGCAAAGGCAGAAGUUUAAUGUUUCUGUUGCCGUCUGAGGUAGGCUUCUUGAAGCUGCUGAAAGAUGCCAGGGUCCCCCUUGUAGAAUUUGAGCUCCCAGCAAACAAGAUCCUGAACAUACAAUCCCAGCUGGAAGCCCUCAUGUCGAAGAACUACUACCUCAACAAGUCGGCCAAGGACGGCUACCGCUCGUACCUCCAAUCCUACGCGUCACACAGCUUACGUUCCGUGUUUGACGUACACAAGCUUGAUCUUGUCAAGGUGGCGAAGAGUUUCGGGUUUUCGACUCCACCGCGGAUUGAUAUCAGUCUUGGGGCCAGCUUGAGCGGAGAGAGGAAGGUGGAGGGUAGGAGGGAGUAUGGCAGUCAACCGCAGCAGGGCAGGCGUCCCCAGCGGCCUAGCAAGCGAUUUUGA